AGAGCGGUGUACGAGCAGGACCUAUAUCACACGCACAGUCUCAGCUCAUCUGAUAUUUACAGGCUGCUCCCUGUGAGCCUGGCAUCCAGCCCAGCUGAGCCCUGAGUGCCUGGCCAUGAUUGUUUUUAUUGUUGUUGGCCAUGGUGACCUCAGUUCCUGGUCCUGGGGAUCCUGGAAUCCUGCUUGCGUGCUGGGGACAGAAGGAAAGUGAGCCCUGGGGUGUGGGAGGGCAGAGGUGAGGCCAAAGUUCCCUCCCCGCCCCCACCCAUCUGCCCGGGAGCCACUGUCAGCGCAGUUCUGGGGAGUUUGCCACAGAGCAGGAGGGACGGACGGGAGGGCAGCUGGUGGGCUGCGGCUGGAGUGACCAGCUGUCUGUGGAAGGAGCCAAGGAGACAGACGGCCUGGCACCCUGGAGCCAGGGCCGGGGACCCAUGGGGCCUGCUGACUCCCGGAGCCACCCGUGGAGGGGAAUCCUGCUCUCAGCCUCACUUCUGACAGCGUGGAGUCCUCCCGCGGCAGCCCAGCUCACCCCCAGUGCCAUCCUGCCUGACACCACCUCAAAAUCCCCGGACAAGCCCACCAUCUCAGUCACUCAGAGCACAGCCACAGAGUACAAGGACAGGGUGACUUUCUACUGUGACACCACGGAACUCCACGUCACCAUCCGCUGGGUCUUCCAGAAUCAGUCCCUGGUGUUGAACGAGCGCAUGCAGCUGUCCACGGAUGGCAAGACGAUCACCAUCCUCACGGUCCAGCGGGAAGACUCUGGGACUUACCAGUGUGAAGCCUGGGAUGCCCUUGAGUUCCAGAGCAGCGAUGCCAUCUUCCUGGAGGUCAACUAUGGUCCCGACCUUAUCGAAAUCAAGUUGGAUUCAGGUAUUCCCAGCGGGGAGGUGGUCGAGGUUCUAGAAGGCUCCACCGUGAACUUCCAGGCGGAAGCGCAGUCCCACCCAGACCCUACCUAUUCCUGGAUUUUCCCCAACAAUUCCAUCCUGUCUUCCACCACGGGGACACUGACCAUCGACGCCGUGUCCAGGGAGCACGAGGGCAUGUUCAGGUGCUUGGUGUACAACAGUGCCACCCUCCUGACCCGCCUGGGUGCUCUUCGAGUCCACGUCCUGGAAAACCUGACCAAGCCUCAGGUGGAGGCCCCGAGCCUGGACCUCGUGGAGACCGUCGGCCCCGUGAACCUGACCUGCCAGACCGCCCAUCAGAGGGUGGCGGUCCAGUGGUUCGUGAGUGAUCAGCCCCUCCUGCCCAGCGAGCACCUGGCCCUGUCAGAUGACAACAUGACCCUGGUCAUCCACAGCCCCCGGCGGGAUGACAUGGGGCCCUACUCAUGUGAGAUCUGGCACUGGGGCAGCCGGGCUCGCAGUGACCCCCUCACACUGACCAUCAACUAUGGCCCUGACGGAGUGGAAAUCACCAGCGGGUCUCCGCCUGCUGUGGUGGGCACCGUCCAGGGGAAGCUCAACUCCAGCCUGACCCUGCAGUGCCGGGCCGCGUCCCAGCCAGAGGCGGAAUACCGCUGGGUCCUGGAACACCACUCGGGGGUGUACACGGGGGAGCAGCUGGUCAUCAGGGCUCUGACCCGGGAGCACGAGGGCAUCUGCAGCUGCACAGCCUCGAACUCUCUGACUGGCCUGGCCCGCUCUGCCUCUGUGCUGAUCCAAGUAGAUCCGGAGUCCUCCCUGUCUGCAGGGGCCAUCGCUGGCAUUGUUAUUGGGAUCCUGGUUGCCAUUGCUCUGGUCAUAGGCCUGGGCUAUUUCUUCUACAGCAGAAAAGCCAGAUGGCCCUCAAAGGGAUCAGCGGAUGGCCCCAGCCCCGAGGCCACACCACCCACCUCCGCGCGGGAGCAGGCGACACGGCCCAGUUUCGACAAACCAAGGCCUGUGUAUGACAAUAUACCCGAGCCCCAGGGACAGAUCGGAGUCAAAAAGAAGGUGCCAUCAGGUCUCCCAGAGCAGUUCUAUGAGAAGGAGCCACCUUCAGCAACCCCCAGGGACCAGUCUCCCAGCCCCAGGAAGCCACCACCCAAACUUCCGAUGCACGCAUUGGUCCCUCCCCUAUCAACAGAAGACACAGACGACAGCUAUGAGACACUUGUGAAUCCGGAGCCCGACAUUUACUGCCGAAUCAACCCGUCGGUCUAACGGAAGCAGACCUCUUUUCUUCAGAAGUCCUGGAGAAACCACCCUCACUCAUGCCUUCAGUGACCUCAGGGACACCUUGAUACAACGUCGAGCCCAGCCAUCCCCGUCACCUCUGCAGACCUUGCAAUGUUCCACUCCAGUGUGUGGGUCGGGCCUCGGAACCUGGCCCUCACCAAAUCUCAGGCUUUGGACUCAUGUUUUCCUAAAAGCCUCAGGGACAGGGGAAGGUGACGGCCCUGGAACUGGAAGUGGAGGGCCGGGCUCGAGGCUCAGCAGCUGCGGGUACCACGGUUGGCUCUUGAGGCUGAGCCAACGCUGUUGGUGAACCCAGCAGCAGGGGAGCAGCAUGAGCCCACGGCAGCCAGGGAUGUGAGGGGACAUCUGCAAGGGCUGGACAGGCGGUGGCCUUUCGAAUCAUUAUAGAGGAUCAGGACAAGGAGCUCUUAGGAAAUGACGGGAAGAAAACGUGGAGUGAAACAAGGGAUUGAGGCUCCUGGGGGAGGGGGAGGGGAGGCAGGAGAUUCUGAGAUUUCUUAGGGGUGCAGGGACGGAGAGGGUGAGGGGGAGACGAGUGAGGAGGGGAGGAGAAUUCUGAACUUUGUUGCCAGAGCAACUGCGUGACGGGCAGGUCACUGGGGAGGGUCAAUGUGGGACAGGGAGGGAAGAGAAAGCUUGGAUCAGCUAAAUUGAGAAUCAGGGAAUCAAAUAGGCGAUGGUUCCUGAAAGUCUGGGGCGAUCAGGGCUGGAGACACACAUCGAGAGUUGUCAGUAGGAUCUAAACUUAUGGGGUCCCUAAAAACACCUAAAGGGAUUCAGAGGACCCAGUUCUUAUGCCCCUGGUUGCAGCUUUUACAGAAAAAGGAUAGAGAGAGAAAUCAGCAAAGGGGAAAGGCACAGAGGACCCCGUGCACAGAUUUCCAAGUGUUUGUGGUCACUGGAGUCACGUGGGAAUGCCCAGCAAGAUGUGUGACAACAUGUGGUAAGCGUUGGCCACCAGGGAGGCUCACCCAAACCUGGGCCAAGUCCCAUCAGCACCUGUGCCUGGGUGACUGGCCAUCACAGUCUUCACAUGCAGUCCCUUGACAGACCUGCAAGGCGGAGCUCCAGGGCUCAGCAGGCAAGACACCCUGACCAGGUAGAACCCGGCAGGGCCAGUGCUCAGGAGCCGGCCACAGGCUGAUGGUGAACACGGCCUUCCUUGGGAAUGCGCAGGCCUGGUACAUUACGCCAGAGAGACGGGAGGAAGACAAGAGGAUCGGCUGGCGGCUGAGUCGAGGUCCAUUCAAGGCUGUAGGAGAGAUCAGCUAAAGGACUGGGGAGGAAGAAAACCAAGAAUGUGAAGUCUUGGAAAUUAAGAAGGCGUUCCCUGAGUGGGUUGUUAAUCUUUGGAGCUGUAAGACUUUAAUAAUAAUAUUAAUUCAGAUUAAAAACCUCAUUAUUAGAUGUGAUUCGGAA